CGAAAAUGAUUUACAACUCCUUGUAUUAGCAGCUGCGAAGACCACUCUUAGCUAAUCAUCGAAAACUGAUAGUCACGAGCUUAUCGUCUUUUGAAAGAGAAAACGUCAGCUAUCAAAAUAAGACUGCUAAAAAAUAUCAUUUCAAGGCAACACUGCAUAUUAAAGUCGUAUCGUGGCCGGUUAAUGAGCCAAAACUAACGAGUUUCAUCAGACUGGAACUCUACGCAGCAAUGCACUCAGAUUAUAAUUUGCUACUUGACUGCCAAAAAUUGCAAAUGCAAUUUAUCCUCGUGUACCUUGUUAUGACUCUGAGACAAGUCACGGCCGGUGACUGUGCGUAUUCUGCAGUCGCGAAAAAUGAUCCCUGUUUUGGACUCAAUAAUCACGUGACAGAGGAGAGAUGCAGACGACUGAGCGAAGAGUGUUGUGUUUAUACAAAAAGAAGAGGGAUGGUAAAAUGCCUCCGAACUAAAGAAAAGCAGCCCAAUAAAGGUGGCUGCAACAAAGUUUCAUUAAUACAAAGUAGACCACUGAGUCACCAAUUUUUGGAAGGUGACGUUCUCCUGGAGCUCAAAGUUGUCUCUGAGCUCCAUUGCUGGGACUGCUGCAUGCGGCAUCAAUCUUGCAAAGCCUACAAUUACUACCAAGCCAAUGAUCCAUCGUUAGAAAACUGUCAGUUGUUAAAAAGUGAUAUUGGGCAGUUAACACACAGAGAGAGUCACACCUAUUACGUUCUAUCCAAGCAAUACAAGGAUUUACAGCUUAUAUUUUGUUUCCCAGAUUUUGCUGGGAAGUACGUGUCACUAAAGGAAGUUACUGAAAUCCUCUCGAGAUCCUUACAGACAAUGGACUAGACUCAAGGAUCGACAGUGUAAAGAGGACUCAAGUGUAUGUAACAAUUAUCGAUGUGAAGACUAAACGUUUCUUGAAAGGGAAAGCUGCGUGACUCUUCUCAAGAAACGGCUACGAAGGAGACUUCGAUGACAUGUAGAGUCUUAGUAAUAAUAAAAAUAUCCCUAUUUUCCUUUAUAGGUAAUAAAGCUAUUAUUUGUACCAGAACUAAUAAAGAUAGUGAUUUUCGAUUUCAUGCUUCUUAAAAGCUUUUUCCUCGUAUUGCGUGACAACAUAUCGAGUCGAUCACACAAACUGUCACGCUUUCUCAAGACAUGAUUAAAGCAAAUUUUUCGAUUUCAAAAAGAGCAUUGAUCUUUUCGAAUAUAGCCUCAGUAAAGUAACAAAU